AUGGACUCCUCUGACAUUGAAAGAAAAAGAGUCGUUGUCAUCGGGGGUGGCUUGGUUGGAGCAUUAAAUGCAUGCUUCUUGGCAAGGAGAAAUUUCCAAGUGGAUGUAUAUGAAGCCAGGGAAGAUAUCCGGCUGGCUACAUCUGCACGUGGGAGAAGCAUUAACCUGGCUCUUUCUUAUAGAGGACGACAAGCCUUGAAAGCCAUUGGCCUGGAAGAUCAGAUUGUAUCUCAAGGUAUUCCUAUGAGAGGAAGAAUGAUUCAUAAUCUUUCAGGAAAGAAGUCCGUCCUUCCCUAUGGGACAAACUCUCAGUAUAUUCUUUCUAUAAGCAGAAAAAACUUAAACAAGGAUCUACUGACUGCGGUUGAGACAUACCCCAAUGCGAAGGUGCACUUUGGCCAGAGGCUGGUGAAAUGUAACCCCGAGGAAGGAAGGAUCACCGUGGUUGGAUCCAACAAAAUUCCCAAAGAUGUCACUUGUGACCUCAUUAUAGGGUGCGACGGGGCGCACUCAGCUGUUAGAACACACCUCAUGAAGAAACCGCGCUUUGAUUACAGUCAGCGGUACAUUCCUCAUGGGUACAUGGAGCUGACGAUCCCACCCAGGAACGGGGCUUAUGCCAUGGAACCCAAUUAUCUGCAUAUUUGGCCCAGACAUACCUUUAUGAUGAUUGCACUUGCUAACAUGGAGAAGUCUUUCACGUGCACCUUGUUCAUGCCCUUUGAAGAGUUUGAAAAACUUCGAACCAGCAGCGAUGUGCUGAAUUUCUUCAAGGAGUACUUUCCAGACUCCAUCCCUCUGAUAGGAGAGCAGGCCCUGGGAGAGGAUUUCUUUCUGUUGCCUGCCCAGCCUCUGAUAUCCAUAAAGUGCUCCUCUUUCCACCUGAAGUCACGCUGUGUGCUAAUGGGAGAUGCAGCUCACGCCAUCGUCCCAUUUUUUGGGCAAGGGAUGAAUGCGGGCUUUGAAGACUGUCUGGUAUUUGAUGAGUUAAUGGAUAAAUUCAAUAAUGAUUUCAGUUUAUGUCUUCCUGAAUUCUCAAGAUUUAGGAUUCCAGAUAGCCACGCGAUCUCAGACCUGUCUCUGUAUAAUUACAUAGAGAUGCGGUCACAUGUCAACUCCUGGCAGUUCCUUCUUCAAACGAGCAUAGAGAGAUUUCUUCAUGCUCUCAUGCCGUCUACCUUUAUCCCUCUCUAUACCAUGGUCACAUUUUCCAGAAUAAGGUACCAUGAAGCAGUGCUGCGAUGGCAUUGGCAAAACAAGGUGAUAAACAGAGGACUCUGUGUCUUUGGGUCACUGAUGGCCAUGGGUGGUGUCUAUUUGCUUGUGAGCUACAUAUCCCCAAGACCUCUGGGCUACCUGAGAAGACUGCCAUGGACAGGGAAUCGCUUCUUCUGGAAUAUGGGGCGCAUUUCCCUGCAAACUCUGAGGAGUCACUAG